ACUGCCUGCCAGGAGCAACAGCGGUAGCAGCCGUGGUGCGACUUGCUCUCGGCUGCAGCGGAAUCUGGAGCGAGAGGUGUUUUUAUCCUUUUUUAAAACAUUUUAUAUUAUCCCAGUAGACAUGGUUACAAACGUAUCAGCAUUUUGUUUCGAGGCUAAUCCAAAACGAUAGUAAACAGGUCGGUCCGUGAUGUGCCAUAGCCGGGGAAGAGUUGUUUACUCGAGGUCCAGGUUGAGGCCUACUUGUUAAAGCUCCCCUCCUCCUCAUCACUUGAAUCUUAUCAUCAUGAUGGCUGAGGAUCAACAACAUCAGAAGCCGAGCCCGGGGACAGGGACUUUGCCAGCCCUCGUUCCGGGGCUUCAAGGGGUCGAGGCCAGUGCUCUGCAGCACAAAAUAAAAAACUCGAUCUGCAAAUCAGUACAAUCAAAAGUGGAGAGCAUAUUGCAAGGUGUUGAGAAGUUUACAGACAUUGAAAAACUCUACCUCUACCUUAAGUUGCCUUCUGGUCCCAACAGUGGCAAUGACAAAAGUGAUCAGAGCUCCAUGUCAUCCAGCCGCACUCAGCAAAUGCAUGCGUUUAACUGGAUCCGAAAUCACCUAGAGGAACACCCAGAAACUUCUCUCCCCAAGCAAGAAGUCUAUGAUGAAUACAAGAGCUAUUGUGACAAUCUCGGCUACCAUCCACUGAGUGCAGCUGACUUUGGAAAGAUCAUGAAAAAUGUUUUUCCAAACAUGAAGGCACGUCGUCUGGGCAUGAGAGGCAAAUCCAAGUACUGCUACAGUGGACUGAGGAAGAAGGCGUUUGUCCACAUGCCUUCUUUGCCCAAUCUGGACUUUCAUAAAACUGGAGAUGGGCCUGAAGGGAUGGAGUCCUCGGGGCAGCUGCAGAGUGCAGAGGAGGAGGUCCGGUCAGCUGCCUGCGACCUGGUCUGUGAGUGGGCACAGAAGGUGUUGAGCCGCCAGUUCGAUGCUGUCGAGGACCUGGCACGCUUCCUUCUCAACAGCCAUUACAUUGGUACCAAAUCGAUGGCAGCGCUCACUGUAAUGACUGGCGCACCUACUGGUAUGAAGACACCAACGCAGACAUCAGCGUUCGUGCCAACAGCUGAAACCAAUUCGUUCCAGCCCCAAGUAAAGACUCUCCCUUCACCCUCUGUGGAUGCCAAACAGCAGCUGCAACGCAAGAUUCAGAAGAAGCAGCAAGAGCAGAAGCUGCACUCCCCCCUUCCAGGAGAGGCCCAUGGGAGGAGGGUGGAUGGAGGGACGCCAGGGCCAGUCCCCUGCAUUCAUCGGGGGAGCCCAGCACUGCUGUCCCCUCAGCCCACCAUCGGGAUUGUCGUGGCAGCAGUCUCCAGCCCUGUUACGGUACAAAGAAACAGACAGCUGGUGACCUCACCCAGCCCUGUUGGCACACCUGAAGGCAAAGUCCUUCCUGUAAACUUUCAAGUGGUUGCUCAGCACAUGCAUUCUGUGAAGCAGUCGCCCAAGACCCCUCAAAACAUCCCCGCCAGCCCAAUAGAUCGCUCAGCACGGCAUCGCUAUCCGCAAAUACUGCCCAAACCUUGUGCCACCAGCGCCCUCACCCUGCGUUCGCCCACCACUGUCCUCAUCACCAACAGCCCCAUCAAGACGGUUGUGCCUACGCCUCAUGUGAGCUCGGUGAACGUGGUGAAAAUGACAGCAAUAUCCUUGACACCCAGCAACAGUGGCACUGCCCUCAGGCCUGCUUCUGCCGGCAACAGUGGGACAGGGGCAGCUGAGGAGCCAAGGGCAGGCCUGCAGAUCAGACAUGGUUCUGUGGUCUCUCUCCAGUCUCCUGUAGCAAGGUCCAAAAGUGUGACGACCACGCCUACCAUUGAGAUCAAAAUGGAGCCUGGAGCCAUAACUGAUGAAAGCCAAGCUCUCAGCACAGAAAGGCUGGCUGGGACUCAGGAGGCCUCUGGUGGCCAGGGAGGGGGUUGCGUGAAGCUGAGGGCCAUCAGCGACCCCACCACUCAGGCCAAGGGAUCCCCAGGAGGAGGUGGUGAGGCGAGACCUGAAGGGACAAGGACCAAAGGCGAUGCAAAGUCCCUUUUGGACAACACUGUGGUGACCUCCACUGUAGGCAAUAAUAAUCCAAGCACUUUCUUUAUUGCAAUCUCCAAUCCAAACACCAGCAUGACUUUAUCAUCCAAUGGCAAUGCUGCAAGUUCUCCCAAGGAAAGCUUGGCCGGUUCCAAGAGCCCACGGAAGCGCUCCACAGGUUUGGCGUCUGAAUCCCAGGCCCCACCUAUCAAGAAAGUCUUUACGUCCCAGCAAUCUACCAUCAGUCUGGAAAGCCAAAAAGUGGGCCUCAGCGCUGCAGUGAAGAAGGUUACAAAAGCAACCCUGCCAGCCAAACCUGACUGCACACCAGCACCUACUCCUGGAAAAGUUACUGUGAAACUCAAUUCAACAGUCCCAACACGAAUCUUAGCUCAGACGCCGUCUGACACUCAAGCUGUAUAUUCCAGCAGCUUCCUGACUGUAGUCAAACCUCAGUCUUCACAAGACAUCAAAGUUAAACGUGACGAAACUCCUUCCAGCAUGGAUACAGGUGCAGGCCCAGGGAUUGGUUCUGAUCAGACGUUAUUGCAGCAUAUCGCAGGUAAUCCUCCUGUUGCUCCUGUUAACACGGGCAUGCUGGAAAACCCGGGGGUUAAUGACUUGCAGAAAUCCAUGUGGGAGUCAGUGCAGCUUGGAGUCCCACAACAGGAUUACACUGCUCAGCUACAGAGCCACAAGCCCCUUCAGGUUCCAGUGGUAGAUCAGCAACAAGCACUGAUCCAGGGACAGCCUUCCAAUCAGUUAUCCCUGCAUCCAGAUAUGGUUGAUUUUGUAGCAUCUCAGCCAAAUGACAACUAUUUUGCUUUUGAUGAUGAUAUCACACAGGACAGUAUUGUUGAAGAACUAGUGUUAAUGGAAGAGCAAAUGAAUCUGAACAAUAAUUCUUACACCAAUUGUUUGGGGAUGUCACUGCAGAGUCAGUCGACAGUUCCCCAGGGGGCAAUCAUGUCAUCUCAUCUAACAGGCAACCCCUUCUACCACUCAGCCCACAGCAGCAGCACUCCUGUCCAUACUCCUACUCCUACCCCCACACCCACCCCAACCCCGACCCCAACACCCACCUCAGAAAUGAUGGGAGGAGGCCAGGGGUUAUCCCGGGAAAGCCCCUGCUCACAAAUGGCCCAGACGACCCCUGUGGAUAGUGCUUUGGGGAGCAGCCGGCACACCCCCAUUGGCACACCACACUCCAACUGCAGCAGCAGCGUGCCCCCCAGCCCAGUGGAAUGCAGGAACCCCUUUGCUUUCACACCCAUAAACUCCAGCAUAGCCUACCACGAUGCCAGCAUCGUUUCGAGUAGCCCUGUCAAGCCCAUGCAGAGGCCCAUGGCCACCCACCCAGACAAGGCCAAGCUGGAAUGGAUGAACAACGGGUACAACAGCGUGGUGGGAAAUGCUGCCAUUUCGAACAAUGGCAUCGGAAUUCUCCCCAGCUAUCAGGAUCUACUGGAUGACCAGUUCAGAAAGCCGCAUGCCUUUGCCAUACCUGGGCAGUCAUAUCCGACACAGACAAGGCAUCAUGACGCACACUUUGGCCGCUUGACGCCCAUCUCUCCAGUCCAGCCCCAGGUGGCUUCCGUGUCUAACCUCUGCAAGCAGGAAGGUUUUGCAGUUCCCGCUCCCCUGGACAACAAAGGGGCAAACUCCUCUACAAGCAGCAACUUCCGCUGCCGCAGUGUUAGCCCUGCUGUCCAUCGCCAGCGAAACCUAAGUGGCAGCACCGCCUACCCUGUCUCCAAUCUCCCCAGAUCCAGCGUCAACCCUUUCAGCAGCCCUGUGACUCCAGAGGUUCUCAACAUACUCACAAACAGCCAUUCGGAUGGCAGUGCCAACAACAUGGCUCAGAGGAGUCAAUCGGUUCCAUUAAAUGUGAUGAUGCUGACGGCGGUCCCACCCAUGCAGAAACAGAGCAACAACAAGAAGAUCACCAACGUGCUGCUGAGCAAGAUGGACUCAGACAGUGAUGACGCAGUAAGGGGCCUGGGGAUCAAUAACAUGCCCUCCAAUUACACGGCCAGGAUGAAUCUCACACAGAUCCUGGAAACCACUCCCAGCUUCCCUAGUGCCAACCACCAGAUCCAGGUCAAUUCCAGUCCUUCGGUAUAUGAAUUCCAGAAGCCAAGUUACCUUGUGAAAAACAGCAGAACUGACCAGAUCAGCUUUUCUUCUGGGGAGACCCAAGCACAAUCAGAUAUUGGAGAACAACAGCAGCAGCAACUGCAGCAGCAACAAAAUCAACAGCAGCUAGAUUUCAAUAGCACCGUUAAGGACCUGUUAGGAGAUGACGGCCUGAACCCAAGCUCACAGCUUGUGGGCCAGGUGGCGUCAGAACUCAACGCCGUGGUAUCAGAUUUUCCCAGCGAUAUCAGGCUGAACUCUGAACUUUCAAGCAGCAUCAACGAUCUGAAUACUUUGGACACAAAUCUACUGUUUGACCCGAAUCAGCAGCAGGGACAAUAUGAAGAUUCUACACUGGAGGAACUGAAAAAUGAUCCGCUUUUCCAACAGAUUUGCAGCGAGUCAGUGAACUCGACCGGUUUUGACUGGUUGGAAAGCAAGGACCAGCCUACAGUUGAAAUGCUGGGUUAACGUUUUUCUUUCUUGGGUUUUUUUUUGUAAUUAUUCAUGUGAAAGUUGUAUAGCACACUGUAUCAGAAUGUGGACACAUCACUUUUGUCCAGUGAGAAGUGCCAGCCUAAACAGAAACAAUUGCUCCUAAAAUACGUUAUUUAUCAAAAGGUUUGCUGCACCACAAUAUGUUGAACCGCAAAACAGUUACAAAAAACAAGGCGUAAAUGAUUGCUGUUACCUAUUUCAAUGGAAUGAUAAACUCCUAUUGUUUAAACACAUCUGAUAAAUACACUUACCCCUUUAGAAAAUAAACUGUUUAGUUGAAGUAAGAUACAGGAUGAAAAGUAGUAUCAGGUGUGUAGGCUUAAGCUGUUUUCAAACUGCUUACAAGUAAAAAAAAUAAAAUAAAUAAUUACUAACUUAAAGACAAAUAAUGGCAUGGCAAAAUGUGAUAAUUUGAUUAUAAAAAAGUACUGGUUUAUGCAUUUAUCUGGGAAAUAAGAGGAAUAGUAACUUCUAUAUUUUUUAUUUUUGGGAACAUUUGAAGUAAUAGACUAUAACUGUAUGUAUUCGAGAGAAUGUUGGUAUCUCUCCGAGCCUUAUGAUUUUGAAAUUGUAAGACCAGCAUUCUAAUUGUCAUAUACAAUACAGCCUUUUAUGAAUUACAAAGUUAUAGGGCUGCUUUUGAAUCCUAGAACAGGAAUUGUUAAGAUCACAUUUUAAGCAGAAGAAGAUAACACAGCCUUUGAACAGUAAGAGGUGCGUGUUUCUUUAUAAUAAAAUUUAUCUAAGUCUUCUAUCUCCUCGUAAUGUGGUUGCUGUCCUGUACAGCAGAUUUGUGUAGUAGAGUUCUUUAUGCGCAACAGAAACAUCCUGUUGAAAAAUAUAUGCCAAUAUAGGUUUAACACAUUUCUUUAGAUUUUUCUAAAGAUAAAUAGAUCUCUAUUCUGACAUUUAAUACAGGACUAAGUGUAUUAAUUAAUGUACCGUACAUUUUAAUGCAAGGGAAAUUGAAACAUUUUCAUUUUAUUAUAAUGCUGGCUGGGAAAAGUUAGAUAGGAUCAAACUAUACCUUGUUUAAAAACAACAAAAAAAGUUAUUUAUUGUCCAUUUUUAGUCCGAAAUUAAAAGUAAAUAUUUAUAAAAAUACAUUUGACCGAAUUAAGCAAACUGAAUUUCAGGUCUUUGGAUAAGUACUGCCCAAAGGCUCAGUUGAAACUUAGGACUCUUAUUUUCAGUUUGUUUAAAAUAUUAAAGAAAUUAAGUGAUUGAGAUAAGGGGAGGGUGAAUAUAAAACAGAAUAAAACCCAAAAGAAUGAUGUGGCUUUGUAUGGAACAAUAGACAUUGUUAUCUGUUUAUAGACUGUGCUGCAUGGCAUUUUAGGAGCUAGCGAUGCAUGUUUAUUUGUAGUAGAUUGUAUAGGCCUGGACAGCUAAUUUGAUCUCAGUUACAUUCUUUAACCUAUCCUUCAGGCAGGUAACAAGCCAGCUCUGCAUUUCAUUGGAGGCUGGUGCUGAGUAUUCAGGGGAUUUUAACUCAUUACAAAGAUCGACUACUUUAACAGAUCCAUUGACAUAUAUUGUAUGUUUAUUACACAAGUCUGUAUGGCAAUACAUAUUUUCUUUUAGUGAGUCUUUUUACUCCCGUACCAAAGAGAAGCCAUCCUAUUUGGACUUGAUAUCUAACUUGUUUGAAUCCAGGCUUAUCUAGUGCUUGCCCAGUCAACGAGACUUUUUUUUGCUGUGAAAUAUGAAAGUAAAUAUCUAUAAAAUGGUAUUAAAAUGGCAAAACUUUUAAGGAAGCAAUCAUUUUUAAAGCUGGAGUGCAUAUCUUUCACUAAAAAAAACAUAGAAAGAUGAAUAAAAAGGUCUGAGAAAAUGGAUGUUGCUAGAUAUGAUUGCUGAUUUGGGAUUAUUUUUAUCAUUCAUUUGUUAUCAAUUUUCAUAAAAUAUAUAGGACAUAUCUCUACUAAACUGAGACACACUGUACACUAGCCAUACUAGCUAAUAUGCAACAUUUACAUUAUACUGAUCAUUUGGAUCUGUAGCCAGUUGAAUAUUCUAACAAAUUAGUUUAUUUUUAACCCUUAAUAUUGUACAAACAAUAAUGUAUGUUCAGUUUCUCGCCCUGUUAUAAAUGUCUUCUGUUGUUGAAAGAUGUGUACUUAAUUUGGUGUUGGAACAAUAGCAAGCUUAAUUUAAAAAAAAAAAAAAAAACAGUGUAUUCUGAGGUAUUAUAAGAUGUUUUAUGUCCCCAGACAUUUGCAGCAGACACUGGAAAAAAAAAAAUUGUUUAGUUCAAAGUUCAGCAGGCUUUCUGAGGUUCAUACUAUUGCACUAAACUUCUAAAGAACCUAAGGUUUGGCACCUCUUUUGGGACAAAUGCAACAGUUAAAGCCUGCAAAAAAUAUAUUUUUUAUAAAGAACUUCAAUAUGAGAAGUAAAAAAGAAAAAUAAAGGUAAAAUGUCAUCAAAAAAAAUGACAGAUUUGUCUUAUGUAGCAAUGUGCAUUGAUCUCAGUGAGAUCAUUCUUUUACUCGUUCUCUUACACGAGAAUAUACAGCAGGAUUUAAAAAGAAAAAAGUUUUGCUUCACCAUGUUGAUACAUGAUCACAAGUGUGCAUGUGUAUUGAACUCUCUUGUACAGUAUACUUUGUAACCACUUUCUUUGCUCUAAAGAAGACUGGUUCUCUGCUAACCAGACAGGCUUAGUUAUUCACAUAACAAGUUAUUUACGUUGUUCGAUGUUUACUAAUUCAAAUUAGUACUUGUUGAGUGUUCAGUUUUCUAAUUUUUGUUCUUUUUUUAUUUUUUAUUUUUAUUUGAAAUGUAAUAGUCUUUUUGUGCAACAGGUUUUCUCUGUUUUUGUUUGUUUUGUUUUGUUUUUUUAAACCAUUGAAGUAAGCACUGAAUUUUGGAAAGAAGGAACUAGUUUCUCUUCUUGGAAUGCACAAGAAGCUAAUCCAGUAGACACAUGUACCCCUCGCUGUAUAUCUUCACUGCACUAGUAUGAUCUCCCUGUACUGACUUUCAUUUAGUGUAGCACAGUAAACUCUUCCCAGUGUUGUUGUUGUUGUUGUUUGUUGUACUGCUGGAUGUACAGUAGUUUGAUAAUGUUGCAAUAGCAUUUCAGCUUUUUUUCUUUUUUUAAUUGAAAGUGCUCACAGAUGUUGAAGUUUUCUAAAUGGUUUUAAAAACCAAUAAACUUUUUUUACAAUUUGUGGUCUUGUGUAUGUGUUUCUUUUUUUUAAAAAAAUGUUUUAAAGUAUAACGUGUAGUGUAUAAUAUUUAAUUUGUAAAUUGUCGGAAUGCAAGAAAAUGAAUUAUUAUACAUAAUUGAGGGUGUCCAGUUAUGCCUGGCAUGCAUUCCAGAAUCAUGUUAAUUUAAAUGGGGGAAUUUAG